AUGGCCACCCUCGGCGCUCAACGCCAGUUCCUAAUCAGUCCACCGGACCACGGCCUCGCUCAGAUUAGCACAGAUCCUAUUGCUCCCCAUAUCCGUCUCGCUUCUUCGAAGUACCUCAGCCCCUCGGCUCGUCCCACCGUCACUCCCUUGUAA